AUGACAUAUUUCAUGGAAGAUUCCUCAAAUGCUUUUAUUUUGAAUAUUUUAAAAAUUGAGACCGGUAUUUAUGUUUUUGAGUUAGUGAGAAGCUCUCUGAAAUUGCCCCGAAUUUCCUCAAAUUUUUCAGCACAUUUUACAUCUCCGCUUAUUGUAUUCUGUUAUUCAAAGCUUCACAAUUUCAUUUUAAUUUCGAUCUUAUAUCCGGAAGUCAAUACAUAAUUCAUGCAAUAGAUAAUAUUUUCUUAAUAAUAAUGAGAAGUCUAAUGUUCAAUAGAUCUUUGAAUGAUCAAGAUUUUCAAUCAAAUUCAUUAUUUGUUUUGGUUAUUGAUGGAACAAUUGCAAGUUUUUUCGCAGCAAUGUGUAGUUUACCAUUUUUUAUAAUUGAAAGAUAUAUUGCUACGUGGUUCAUCACUGAUUAUGAAUCAAAUAAAAGACGAUGGAUUUCUAUUAUUUUAGUGAUAGCUCAGAUAACAAUUGGCGUCACAAGUGCAAUUUUACUCAAAGAUGGUAAGAUAUUUGUAGUGUUUUUGAAAAAAAGAUGAACACAACAGCUCGAACAAAACAGCUAACGAAAAAUAAAAUAUCAUGAUAAAAUUUGAAUUACAAUAUGAUAAAAUAGAUUUCAGAAUCUCUGACAAAGUACGUUAUUGCAAUUUUAAUGUGUUUCAAUGUUUUGGCAUUGGCUUUGAAGAAAUAUGUGGAGAAAUGGAAUAAAAGAACACAUAUUUACUAUCAAAGUCAACCUGGGAAAUAUUCUCUUACCGCGAGAUAUCAAGUUUCAGACAACAUAAAAUCAUUGAAGGUGAAACUUUUAAUCACUCAUGUCAGGAAAAAAUCAGCAGCGGUGGCUCGAUUUUGGCUACGGUUCACGAUUCCGGCAUUUUGUUGCCUGGAUACAAAACUUUUCUUAGGGAUAACCUGAGAAAAUCAAACCUGUCGCAACAUUUUCGUUUAUUUUCUGAUUGUGAAGAAUAACAAAAUUAAUUUUUCAGAUGAUCAAUACAUUUAUGAUAUUUCAAUCAUUUAUGAACACAGUUCUGAUUCUAAGUGUUCUUCUAACAAGUUUCAAUGUUUCACCAGAAAUCAAUCUCGUCUCAACAAUUUUUCUCGAUCUUUUCAUAUUUAUUUAUAGUUUUUCACUUCCUCAAAUCAUGACUUAUUGUUGUGAAAAAUGGAGAAAAUGUCUUCGAAAACUUUUAUCCAACACCAAAGUUGCUCCAUUUCGAAAUACUCUUUCUCUUCAUCUUUCAACACAAAUCGAGCCAAUUUCCACAAUUGAUGAGCAUUUUGUGAAUUUGCAAGAAUUUUGGAACAGGGAAUGA